GGUAAGACCUUUGCGGCGAGCUAAAGCAAGCUCGCAAUUUGAGAUCAAUAGUGGGUGAUUUGAACUAUUCGACCACCCAGCUGCAGCUUACGCCUGCCCUUUUCUGCGCACUAUGCCGUACCGCUCAGCCCGCGCACAUGAGUGAUGCAUCGACAGACGCGCUCAUGUCCAACACAAACGCCGAUAUUUAGCAUAGCAUAUUUGGGCAGCGUAGGGUCGACAUUGCAGCGCCAUCAUAUAGUGUAUGCUGGCGGCGGCGGGUCGAGCAGAACAGGUGUAGGCAAUGCGAUUGUAGCAGCAGAAGUCGGCGAAACUGGCCUAGUUGAGCUAUGCAGGUUAGACACCGGUGCAGAGUUGUGCUCUUUGAUCUGCAUCGGACCAAAAAGAAAGUUGCUCCCAAGUGUAUUUGGUAACAGAUUUAGAAUCUGCAAAUUGUCUGGUUUUGGGAGUAGCUUGCAAGGUCAGAGGCACAUCGCUGUUGCAUCGGAUGACUAUGUAUCUGACUUUAAGAAGGAAGGUCCUUCGAUCAAUUGCUGCGCUGUAGACGACUCGAGAGAUGUUCUGGCAGUCGGGGGCGAUGACGGCAAGCUACGUAUUUGGGCCGUGUCCAAUGAUGAAGGCAGAUUUAGAUGCACGCUGGUGAACGCUCUCUCCCCUGGACACACCUCAUCAAUAACAGACUGUUCCUUCUCUGAGAGCAGACAUUUGCUGGCAACUGCUUCCAAGGAUGGCACAUGUCUUGUACAUAGCCUGAGUACUGGCGCCACCAUAUGUAAGGUAUCCACGAGUUGUGCCAUGCCGUUAUCUCAGGCUAAUAACUAUCGCGAAAAGACACCAUCGGCCAAGCUACUCGUGCGAGCAUGCAAAUUUGUUGGUGACAAUGGCAUAAUCAGCGUACAGUCUAGGUCUCGUGGAGAUGCAUAUGCAACAAAAUGGAGCCUGGUAGCUUCAGAUGAUCAAGAUGGUACCCUCGACGUUGGCCUUGUUGCCACUAGACGUAUAUCCAGGCAUCCUGUCUCAGCUGUUUGCCUUGAAGGAGAAUUAAUUGUGCAUGGGAAUGUGGAGGGAAUGGUGGGUAUUGCCAGCACGACAGACCUUUCAUCUUUAGGCAGGCAUCUACAAGCCCACGAGCUCCCUGUGACCGCAUUAGCCAUUACCCCAGACAUGUCCAGCACACCGCCACGCGUGCUGUCUGUCUCUGCAGACUACAAACUUGUCACAACAUAUCUGACUUCCACAACUAGGGUGACCAUGGCGCGUUUUUCUGUUCUAUUUGCCUUAAUUGUCUUUUUGCUGCGAAACCUUCUGUACACAUGCGCUGUUCGCUAUGGGUUAUGGUGCGAGUGAGUGAGAGGAUAUACUCGAUGCCGUUCCAUUAAUGCAAGUGGGACCUAGGUCCUCGAGAGUUGGCCACACACACGCGCUAUCGUCGACUCCGAGUCGCUUUGUUUUAGCCGUAGUCAUGGUAGCCUGAGUAUUCACUUAUUUACUGAUAUAUCCGCAACGACAAACUUGGACUACUAGUA